AUGGCGGCCUCAGCAUUAGACACAAAGUACCCCCGCGAAUCCCAGCAGAAUCCGGCCUUCGUCCCGCGAGAUGAGGUGGAAUACAUCUUCGAUGAGAUUGCGGAAUUCGUUGUAUCAGCCACCAGGAAGAAUUGCCCACAGACCGGUGAGAGGGUCAUUGCGAAGGGAGAGUACCGACUCACGCUAGGUGACAUGCGAGGAUUAUCAUACUACGUCCGUGACCUAACCGAUGAGCUUUCCAAACCCAAGAAGUACCGAGCAAUGCACAUGAAACAUCGCAGGCCCACGCCCGCCAUCUUUAAUCCUCCAAGAGCUAUGCAACCGACAGGUUCAACACCCGCAGAUCCUAUCACCAGCCUAAACACCUCCCCAGCCGACGGACCCAUCAUAUUCCCAGGCUUCCCUGGCUGCCGGCGGAGGCUGCCAGGACCAAACACUGCUACUUUCAUCUCAGCAGACAAUGUGACCGAGAUUACCUGGUUCGGCCCCAUAUCAGGGUAUCCGAGCUCAGAGGACUCCUCGGAGGCUGAAGGAAACCCACCACCGUCGCCUGAGAUAGGCACGGUCCCAUCCAUAGUUGUUACAAGACCGCCUGAUGAAAAUACUCGCAACUCAGCGAGCAAUAGUCAAGGAGUCAUCGUAGCCGAUGGCCCAACAAGAAGACGACAGAGCUCUAUGAUUGCCUUAAUAAGCAGGGAUGAGGAGGGCGAGGGGUCACGGACGCGGACGCAGAAUGAGCCAGAGCAGCCCAAGACAGUGAUCGGAAAGAUCCGCAAGAAGAGCAUCGAACUAGGCCAAGCAGUCGGUGGCUUUGUGAAUGGCGCGUACAGAAAUAUCGACUACAAACCACGGCGGGAGUCAAGCGCCACGAGAAUGCGAGCAAUCCUUGACCGGGUGUCGCCACCACUGCCGACGCCGGAGGAGAACGCAGAGAUAUUCUCGGCAAUGACAGGUGCCCGCCCCGUCACCCCGGAAGACGUGGCCAAGUCCAAGGGGCGGAAGCAGUCCACGCAAUCUUGA